GUACAUUUAUGACGUUAUGUAAGUGCAUGUCAGACCAAAAAUUGCUCAAAAACGUGAUUUUGUGUACAAAGUCAAUGCAAAUUGUGUUUUCAACCAUAAAUCAUAAAUCUAUGAUUAUUUUUAGUUUUGCUGGUCUAAAUGUAUUCAUUUUAUACUGUUUAUGAUCUCAGAAGAGUCCCCAACAAAUUUCAUUGAAAAAACAAUGAAAAACAAAGGGUCCCCAAAAAAACAGGGAAAUACAUAAGAAAUUGCCAAAAAAAUAUAAUACAUAUUAAAUAAUUGAUCUGAUAUCGCAUUUUUUCAUGUACUCUUGCUAAGAACACCACAAAAAGUUUCUGUACCAAAAAAUAGAACAUUUGGAGCUUUAUCGGCGCGGUCGACGGCUGAAAACUCCCAAAAUACCCUGGCCUAGAUAGGGUUAAUAAACGAUAUGGAAAGAUGAAUUUGAAGACUAACAACCGUGAUCAUGGUGAUAUAAAGUGUGACGCGGUUGGUCCAGUGAAUAGCCUAUACUACUGAAAAUGGAGGCAUAAUUCAUCGUCAAUUCGUAUCAAUCGAUUUGCAUCAGUGAAUUUUGGAAAAGUCGUGAGUGUAUAUAAGAUCAGUUCUUUUUGUGCUGCCGGCACUGUCUUCGGAGCAAUAUCUCUAGGACAGGUUGAUACAAGAGAACAGAAAUAUGAAGUUUGCUUCCCUCGCCUUUUUGGUGGGAGUCCUGUGCCUGACUGCCGCUCAGGAAAUCGACCCAGAUUUACUUGAGCAGCUGAGGCAAGAUCACCCUGAAUUGCUGGACCUCCUCCUGCAGGGUGGCGCAUACCGUGAUCCCUUGGACCGACCCAACGUCAUCCUCCUCGUCGCCGACGAUAUGGGCGUCGGUGAUCUGACAUCUUACGGUCACCCAGCCCAGGAACCAGGUUUCAUUGACCAGAUGGCUGCCGGAGGUAUGCGAUUCACCAAUGGAUAUGUGGGCGAUUCAGUCUGUACUCCCAGCAGAUCGGCCAUCAUGACAGGUCGUCUCCCCAUCCGUAUUGGUACCUAUGGAGAGAUCCGAGUGUUCCUGCCCUGGACAAAGACUGGUCUCCCUAAGAGCGAAGUCACCAUUGCUGAGGCCAUGAAAGGAGCCGGUUACGCAACAGGCAUGGUCGGAAAAUGGCAUCUUGGUAUCAAUGAGAACUCACCUACAGAUGGAGCACAUCUCCCAUUCAACCAUGGAUUCGAUUUCGUUGGGCAUAAUCUUCCGUUCACCAACAGCUGGUCUUGUGACGAUACCGGGCUUCACAAGGACUUCCCCGAUAGCGACAAAUGCUACCUCUACUACAAUGCCACUCUGAUGACCCAACCGUACCAGCAUAAGGGACUCACCCAGCUCUUCACUAACGAUGCUAUCGGUUUCAUGGAAGACAACGCAGCCGAUCCUUUCUUUCUCUACGUGGCCUUCGCUCACAUGCACACCAGUCUUUUCUCCAGUGACGAAUUCGCUUGCACUUCACGACGUGGCCGUUACGGUGAUAACCUUCUGGAAAUGCACGAUGCUGUUGAGAAAAUGGUUGCAUCCUUGACUGAAAAUGGUAUCCUCGACAACACCAUCAUCUUCUUCAUCUCUGACCACGGACCUCAUCGUGAAUACUGCGAAGAAGGAGGAGAUGCAAACAUCUUCCGAGGUGGCAAGUCCCAUUCUUGGGAAGGCGGUCACCGCAUCCCUUACAUUGUUUACUGGCAUGGAACCAUUGCUCCUGGAGUCUCCAACGAACUCGUCACAUCAAUGGACGUUAUUGCUACCGCAGCUGACCUCGGCGGCACCACUCUUCCAACAGACCGUAUCUACGACGGAAAGAGCAUCAAGGAUGUCCUCCUCAACGGCGCUUCAUCACCCCAUGAUAAUUUCUUCUAUUACUGCAAGGACAACCUGAUGGCCGUCCGCGUCGGCAAGUACAAGGCCCAUUUCAAAACCCAGCGUGUCCGCGCCCAGCACGAGUACGGUGAAGAAUGCGCAGGUGGUUUCCCGCUAGAGGACUACUUCGAUUGCAAUGAGUGCGAGGGAGAUUGCGUGACCGAGCACGACCCACCUCUUCUCUUCGACCUCCACAAGGACCCAGGCGAAGCGUAUCCUCUGGAAGCCUGCGGAAACGAAGAUGUAUACGUAACCAUCAGGGAAGCAGUGGAGGCGCAUAGGGCUGUUUUGGUCAAAGGGGAGUCUCUACUUGAUACGCUCGACCACUCCAUCGUACCAUGUUGCAACCCAGAAACUGACUGUGUCUGCAACUAUACGCAAGAAUCAGGUAUGCCAGAAUGCUACCAGAAUCUUGUUGAAACAUCUGCAAGGUACUUCAAACCAUAGAGUUCCUGAUGAUCUGCACCCGUCCAUACGUGACAAACGACUGACCAAUGCUACCCUCCCUUAUUUGAUAUCUUCCAAUGUUCUAUUAAAGAUAUUUUCUAACUUUCGGAUACUAUAGUAUUUCUUUGUCAAGGUAAAUGGUAUAUCUUAUCUUACUUAUGUAGGCCUAAUUUCCUCUAUUAAGAAUCAAAAUUGAGCAUUGAUUUGUCUAACCCCUUGAUUAUUCUGAUGUUCAGUGAACUUUUUGUUGAAAAUAUUCCUGACUCUGCUUAUGAUUUGGAGGAAGAAUUAAUUGGCUUUUGGGUAUCAUGAUCAUGAUAAUGGGUAUUCGUUGUACAUGUAUAGCAAGGCCAUGCAGUUGCAUUAGUUGAUGAUUAAUAAUGAGAAAAAAAGACGAAAUAACCUAUAGUUCCUGAUUCAACAAUUCCCAUACAUUCAUUUGAGAAGUGACACGAGUCAUGCUUAUCUAUCCGAUGUCUUCUAGCUUUAUCAUUUCCAUAUAGCAUUGAGUACCCGAGCUAUUUACCAUGUUACAGAUAAAAAUAAACUAAAGUUAUAUUGACUACAA